AUGGCGUCGGGAUAUGGAUUGGCUGGAGGUCCCUCCCGCUGCUUUCCCUUCUGGCAGGAAGUCCUCGCCUGCUACGUCGUGAACACCAACUCCGAAGACGACUCUGGCAAGAAGAAAUGCGCGCCGGUGUUGGAGGAUUAUUAUGAGUGUUUGCAUCAUCGGAAAGAGGCCACCAAAAUCGCCGCCCUCCAAGCCGCCUACCGCAAACGCGAAGCCGCCACGCCUCGAGACGAUGCGCCCAACGCGGGACAAAUACGGAGUUUGGGACUGUUGGAGGCGAGCGAUGCGGAGAAGGAUAUUAAGCAUGGGAAUUUGCUGCCGACGUAUUCGAGUAACAAUCCCAAGGGGGCGUGA